AUGUCCUUCUUUGGCUUCGACACCAACCUCCCUCGGGACAAGCAGGACAGAGACGCUGGUCGCGGCUUCUUCGCCGGUCAGCAGGACGCCUUUGCCUUUGCCAAUCGCGAGAAUGCUGCAGACCAGGGCGAUCNNCUCAACUUCGAUGACACCUACGAUGCCUUGGCCGACAAGCUCGACGAGGCCGGCGAUGCCUUCAACGACGAUACCUUUGGUGACGGUGGCCGUGUAGGCAAGGACUUUGACUUCUUCGGCACCACCAACAAGGUCGCCGGCACUCUUGAAGAAGAACAGGCUCUGCACUACGCUCGCCAGCCUCCUCCGGCUCAGCAGCGCUUCCAACACCAGCACCAGCAACAGCAACAGCAGCCCAAGCCCUCUCGCUCCGGCUACGAAAACUACUCCAAGCCCGAGUACAUCCCCCAGCUCGAAGCCAAUGCCAGCCUCUGGGGUCUGCCUUCCAAGAAGCCUACCCAACAACAACAACAACAAGAGCCUCAAUUCAAGCCCUCGACUCCUUCUAGCAGAAAGAUGAUGAGCCUCGAGGAGGUCGAGGCUUCGAUGCGCCAACAGUCACGACCUCUGUCUGGCGCCAUGAACAUGCCUCAGCACCACACUCCCGUCCAGGAGCCUUUCCAAGCCCCAGGAAGCAGCUUCCCUGGUGUCCAGCAGAUGCAACAGCACACUCCGCGACAGCCCUCGAGAGAGCCUCAGAUGGCUUCUCCCUUCCCCCAGCCUCAGCACAUGCCUGUCCAGCCUCCUCCGGGCAUGCAGAACCCUGGUUUGAUCGCUCAGCAACUUCAACAGCAGAUGCCUCCCACUGGCCCUCCCUCCGGUCCCCCGCCCGGCGAGUCAGGCCAUGGCCACCGUGCCUCAUACUCUGGUCCUCCCAUCACCCAGGCCAACCAGAUGAUGCAGUUGUCCGACGAACAGCGCGCCCACUUCCUCGCAGAAGAGGCCAAACGUGCCAAGCGCAACCACAAGAUUUUCUUGCUUUCCAAGGACAACGGUCUCAUGACUCCUCAGGACAAGAACUUCAUCACCCGCAUUCAGUUGCAACAGCUCCUGACUGCCACUGGUGGUGUCGAUGAGCAAUCUUCGGACGCUCAGCUUGCCGAGGAUUUCUACUACCAGGUAUACGCUCAGAUCCGCGGUGCUCCUAGACAACAUCCUGGCCAGCCCCUGAACCAGUUUGCUCAGACAUAUCUCUUCCAGACUGGUGGUCGCUACGGAGCAGGUCGCAGACAUCCUCGCGGUGGUGACAACCACAUGCAGAGAAUGGAGCAGCAGGUUCAGCGCGCUGUCGAGGCUGCCAAAGCCAGACCGAAGAACAGACAGCUGAUUGUUGAGGGCAGUCUGGGUAAGAUUGCUUUCAGCAACUCCAAGACCCCUCGUCCCUUGUUGAGCUUCAAGCGUCCCGAUAGCGAGAGCAAAACUCACACUCAGAGAGUCGCCAAGCCCAGCGUUGCAGACCGCAAGUCCACCCUCCGCCACAUCGAGAACGUCUACGAGACCUUGAUGCAGAUGGAGGACCAUGAGCGUCACCUGCCUCCGCCGCCUAACGAAGAGAGCCACCCAGAUGCUAUUCAGCGCCACAUUGAGUGGAGGCAGAGAGCUCAUGAGCUCAACCAAAAGCUGUGGUUCAACCUACGAGUCAUGGAACCCAUUCAGCAAAAUCCCUCGAGUCCUCAUCCGUUCAUCGCCAUCUUGUCACACGCUAAGGGAAAGAAGGCAAUCCCGCGUGUCUUCCGCCACAUUGAUGAUCAACAGCGUCUGACCAUCCUGACUAUUCUCAUCAUCCACCUCGACAUCCUUGACGUUAUCCGCCUGGCCUACCCUCACCCUGACGAGCCUCAACUACCUCGUGCUGUUCGCGAUGAGGUCGAGCUGUUCAGCCAAGCUGUCAUUCCCACCUUGCUCGCCUACAUUGGUGACGCUCCUCUCAACAUCAUCUCCGGCCUCGUCGGCCUCGUUCUCGACCGUGUCAACGUACAGGCCAUUGUUCGCACCAAGAUUGGUGUUGCCAUGCUCACGAUGCUGGUAUCACGCGCCUUCCUUGUCAAGCAACAAGCGAGCGCUCAGGUCUCGGACGAGGAUUGGUCACAGUGGACUCAGCUCUACAACCGUCUCUUUGAUCUUGCCGAGCCUGUGCUCCCAUACAUCUUCACCACCGAGAAUGUCAACACCAGCAACGACUUUGAGAUUUGGCAGUUCUUGGCUACUAUGGGUGUCAGUGCUAGUCCCGAACAACAACAGCGUCUGGUUCUUGGUGUCAAGGACAGAGUCAUGGCUACUGUCGAGAUUAGCAAGCAACUGCCUCAAGACAUGGCUGCCAGAAAACUGGGCGAGGUCAACCUUUUCAUGAGAGCCAUUGGUUUGGACGUCGAGUUGCUGGGUUAA